AUGGACGUAGACGAUAGAAAUGCGCGCUAUACUCGAUACAUUAUCAUCAGUAUUACACUUGAGAAAUACGCAUACAAUGACGAUAUGCGUAAUGAAAAGGUGUUGUUAUUAUUGGAUCAAGCUCGAAACGUACCUGUUCGUGCACAUUUACGUGACGAUUGGUGGCACGCACUGGUGGCUGUGGGGGACAUUGUUCAUAUUCCUUCAUCGCCCACCACAAACACAUCAAAUAUCAUCAUUGACAAUGAGAACAACUAUUUGAUUAUUCAUCCUGAUCGGUUGAUUUCGUGCACAGCGGUUGCCGACAGUUUCUUUUGUUUGCGCAAAUCGGUAUUGCAACAAAAAAUCAAGUCCAUUAGCGAAUACAGCGAAGUAUUGGUGCAUGGUAACAUUAUCCACCAAGUGAUCCAGCAAGCGCUUCAAGCCGGUGAUUUUUCGUCUGAAGCGAUACAAGAAACAAUUCAACGCGUUGUGCUGGAUUCUUUGGACGAACUAUAUGCUAUUGAUCAGGAUGAAGACACCGCGAUCAAAAUCUUAUCCAUGAUGGCUCCCGAAAUCAAAGCCUUUGGCGAAAUUUACGUUGGAUCCGAGCCGAAACCCUGGGCUAAGAUAAGCGAUGAUGUUGGACCGACGGUAUCGAGUGAUAUGGGAUGCGAAACACUAAGCAUCAACCGUAUCUUGGACAUUGAAGAACACUUGUGGAGUCCUACCUAUGGUCUCAAGGGUAUGAUUGAUGCUUCCAUCCAAGUUAAAGCGAGCCCUUGCGGAAAAAUCCUUACCAUUCCUCUCGAAUUGAAAACUGGUAAAUCCAAUCGUGUGGUAUCGCAUCGUGCCCAAACCAUCUUGUAUACCCUUCUAAUGAGUGACCGCUACGAUAUCAUCAUUUCGGCGGGCGCCUUGUUUUAUUCACGUACAAAUACCUUUUACCUGGUCCCGGCUGUCCGAAAUGAACUUCGGUCGCUUAUUUUAGCACGAAAUGAAUUAGCGGCCGCCAUGAACACCCGUCAAAGUCUUCCACAGAUGGUGAAGCGGUUGCACUCCUGCCAACGUUGCAACAUGAAUGAUGCCUGUCUAAUUUAUCACAAGGCGACUGAAAAUGGGACGCGUGAUUCCAGUGGUCUAGGUAACUGGUUUGAAGCAAAGACCGCCCAUUUAUCGGAGGAACACAGUGCCUUUUUUCGUCACUGGCAACAGCUAAUUGAUAUGGAAGAAAACGACAUUGAUCAUUUCCGAAAAGAUAUCUGGCAGCAGGAACCUGAUAAACGCGAAAUGGCGGGAAAAUGUUUUGACCAUAUGGUGAUAAGCAAGGAAUCCAUGGUGGCUAACAGAAACAUGGCCUCGGGUUGCUGGUAUACUUUUGUCCGAGAUCCAACCCAAUCUGAAGAGAUACAGCAGCGAUCCCUUCUAUCAUCGCAGAUCAGUGUAGGCGAUCCGGUGGUGGUUUCCAGUAGACAAGGACAUAUCAAUCUUGGCAUGGGCAUGGUGAAACGUCUGUCGGAGCACGCCGUGACCAUCAGUCUGACACGACCUUUGCGACGACCUCCUCGUCGAGCCGACAGCUUUGACCUGGAGACUUGUCAGACGUUUAUUCCUCUGGCGAGCGAUUACGGCAUCCACGCGGAUAUCGCUCAAGUCGGUUAUCGUAUCGACCUGGAUGAAAUGUCCGGUAGUAUGGCCCUGAUGCGCCGUAACCUUAUCGCUAUUGUUAACAAAGAAGAAGAUGGAGGCGACGUGAAGCGGCGACAAUUGAUUGUGGAAUUAACCACCCCCAGCUUCCUGCCGGCUAACUCGAUCCGCAUGCCCAAUAUACCCAACCUGAACCCGGAUCAACGUACAGCGGUUGAAACGGUGCUACGAGCUCAAGAUUACACUCUGGUCCUGGGUAUGCCUGGCACCGGCAAAACAACUACCACGGCUCAUAUUAUCAAAGCGCUCGCGGAUCAAAAGAAAUCGGUCCUGUUAACAGCAUACACUCAUACCGCCCUGGAUAAUGUGCUCGUCAAAAUUCGUGAAGCAGGCAUUGACGUUUUAAGAUUGGCAUGUAUUGGUCCGUUGCGUUAUGCCGAUGUCUUUGUGCUUGUGGGUGAUCAAUAUCAGCUACCUCCUGUGGUUCGCGAUGAUCAAGCGCGUGAAAAUGGGCUUGAUAGGUCUCUUUUUACACUUUUGGCCAAGGCACAUCCGGAAGCGGUGGUAUUUCUAAAGUAUCAGUACCGCAUGAAUGAGAACAUCAUGACGGUAUCCAAUCAGCUUAUCUACAACGACAAAUUGAGGUGUGGUAACAGAAAAGUGGCAUCGCAAAGCUUGCAUCUUCCACAGUUGCACCAAGGUCUCGAUAAGCUUCAUAAAUCUGUGGAAGAAAGUAUGGGCAGUCCGUCUAUAUGUGUGGGCUCUUCUUGUUGGCUCAAGGAUGUGAUGGAUCCUCGGUAG